AUGAGUUACGGCAAAAAGGACGAAGAUGCCGACCUCGGUUUGGUCAAGGUGGACCGCACUCAGGUGUUCCAGGAAGCACGACUCUUCAACUCGUCCCCGAUCCAGCCUCGAAGAUGUCGCAUCCUCCUCACAAAGAUCGCCCUCCUCCUCUACACGGGCGAAAAGUUCCCUACCAAUGAAGCCACCACCCUCUUCUUUGGCAUCUCCAAGCUGUUCCAGAACAAGGAUGCCUCCCUCCGCCAGAUGGUCCACCUUGUCAUCAAGGAGCUUGCCAACUCGGCCGAGGACAUCAUUAUGGUCACUAGCACCAUUAUGAAGGAUACUGGAGGCAGCACCGAUGCCAUUUACCGACCUAACGCUAUCCGCGCCCUCUGCCGCAUCAUUGAUGCCACGACUGUCCAAUCGAUCGAGCGAGUGAUGAAGACUGCGAUCGUCGAUAAGAACCCCUCGGUUUCUUCUGCCGCCCUCGUCUCCUCCUACCACCUUCUCCCGAUCGCCAAGGAUGUUGUUCGACGAUGGCAGAGCGAGACUCAGGAGGCCGCUGCCUCUAGCAAGUCGUCUGGCGGCUUCUCCCUCGGAUUCUCCACCUCGAGCAGCCAGAUCCCCAUGAACCACUCGACCAUGGCGCAAUACCACGCUGUCGGACUUUUGUAUCAGAUGCGCUCGCACGACCGAAUGGCUCUUGUCAAGAUGGUUCAGCAGUUUGGCGCAGCUGGUGCGCUCAAGAGCCCUGCUGCUAUUGUUAUGCUUGUCCGACUUGCUGCGCAGCUCGCCGAGGAGGAUCCUUCGCUGAGGAAGCCCAUGAUGCAGCUUCUCGACGGCUGGUUGCGACACAAGAGCGAGAUGGUCAACUUCGAGGCUGCCAAGGCCAUCUGCGACAUGCGAGAUGUGUCCGACGCCGAGGUGUCGCAAGCUGUCCAUGUCCUCCAGUUGUUCCUGACCUCCCCUCGUGCCGUCACCAAGUUCGCUGCUCUGCGCAUCCUCCACAACUUUGCUAGCUUCAAGCCUACCGCCGUCCAUGUCUGCAACCCCGACAUCGAGCUCCUCAUCUCCAACAGCAACCGAUCGAUCGCUACAUUCGCCAUCACCACUCUGCUCAAGACGGGCAACGAGGCUAGCGUCGACCGAUUAAUGAAGCAGAUCUCCACCUUCAUGUCUGAGAUUACCGACGAGUUCAAGAUUACGAUUGUCGAGGCUAUUCGAACAUUGUGUCUCAAGUUCCCCAGCAAGCAGGCCGGCAUGCUCACCUUCCUUAGUGGGAUCCUGCGUGAUGAGGGCGGAUACGAGUUCAAGAGGGCUGUCGUUGAGAGCAUGUUUGACCUGAUCAAGUUUGUUCCCGACUCCAAGGAGGAUGCUCUCGCCCACCUGUGCGAGUUCAUUGAGGACUGCGAGUUCACCAAGUUGGCUGUCCGAAUUCUCCAUCUUAUCGGUCUCGAGGGUCCCAAGACUGCCCAGCCCACCAAGUACAUCCGAUACAUCUACAACCGAGUGGUGCUUGAGAAUGCGAUUGUGCGAGCUGCCGCUGUCACCGCCCUUGCCAAGUUUGGUGUCGGUCAGAAGGAUCCCGAGGUCAAGAGCAGUGUCCGUGUUCUCCUUACUCGAUGCUUGGAUGACGUCGAUGACGAGGUUCGCGAUCGCGCCGCUCUCAACCUGAAGCUCAUGGCCGAGGAAGACGAUGAGAUGGCCGCUCGAUUUGUCAAGAACGGUAAGCAAGAAAUAUAUGUAAUUAUGAACAAUGCUAAUUCGCCUACAGAGAACAUGUUCUCCCUCCCCUUCUUCGAGCAGCAGCUUGUCCUGUACGUCACUUCGGAUGACAAGUCUGCAUUCGACAGCCCCUUCGACAUCUCCAAGAUCCCUAUUGUCACCCGGGAACAGGCCGACGCCGAGGACCGUACCAAGAAGCUCAUCGCCACCACCCCUACCCUCAAGGCACCCAAGGUUGGCCCCACCAAGACCUCUGGCGCCGAGGCUCAGGCAUCUGCUACUGCCCAGGCUCAGCGAUAUGCCCAGGAGCUGCUGGAGAUUCCCGAGAUGAAGGAGUUUGGCAGUGUGCUCAAGUCGUCGCCUCUGCUUGAGCUCACUGAGGCUGAGACUGAGUACGUCGUUACUCUGGUUAAGCACAUCUUCAAGGAGCACAUUGUUCUUCAGUACGAGGUCAAGAACACUCUUCCCGACACUGUCCUCGAGAACGUGUCCGUUGUCGCCACCCCCUCGGACGACGAGGAGCUCGAGGAGGUCUUUAUCAUCCAGGCCGAGAAGCUUCCCACCGACCAGCCCGGCAAGGUAUAUGUGGCCUUCAAGAAGAUCAACGGCGAGGGCUCUCUGCCCAUCUCUACCUUUUCCAACAUACUCCGAUUCACUAGCAAGGAGAUUGACCCCUCCACAAAUGAGCCCGAGGAGACUGGCUACGAUGAUGAGUACGAGGUGGCCGAGUUCGACCUUACUGGCAGUGAUUACGUGAUUCCCACGUUCGCUGGCAACUUUAGCCAUAUCUGGGAGCAGGUUGGCGCUUCCGGCGAGGAGGCAACAGAGACUCUCCAGCUUAGCGGCAUGUCCAGCAUUGCAGAGGCUACGGAGCAGCUCACCAAGGCUCUCUCCCUGCAACCCCUGGAGGGUACCGAUGUCCCCGUCAACCAGACUACUCACACGCUCAAGCUUCUGGGCAAGACUGUUGGUGGCGGUCGGGUAGUUGCUACCGUGCGGAUGGCAUUCUCUUCAAAAACGGGUGUGACGACCAAGAUCACGGUGCGAAGCGAGGAGGAGAACGUCGCUACGCUGGUUGUCGCGUCGGUGGCUUAAGUCUGGGUGAGCCGGCGUUGAGGAUAAUGAUGUAUCGAAGCUUGGCGGUCUUAGACAUGCCUCCAGGAGCGAGUAAUGUAACUGUCAUGAUUCAUUCUAGAGCAGAGUCUCGGUUGUCACACUGCAGACGCCUUGGGUCAAAAGCCGAACCAUCGGAGGAUGCUUGCAUUCAUUUGGGUAUGGAGCUGGCGUGCAGAGAACGGAGGACUGGUAGAAGGGAGCGAGAAGGUUCAAGAGCAUGUUUAUACGGGGCAUGGUUGUUUCUAGUCAUGGUAUUUCUGCAAAAAAAGAUGGAAGUUAGCUGCC